UAAACUAACUUAAACUAUUAUGGGCAGUGAAAUAUUUCAAUAAUAUCAUCCGAUUUUCUCCUUACACCUAAGAAUCGGAUCAAGUACUUAAUCGUGACAAGUCAGAAUGAACGCAACCGUCAAAACGUUUAGAUGCCUAUCGGUUUUCAUCGGCAAUACUGUGCGAAAUACUCUGCCAACAAGUACGCGAGGUUAUGCAAUACAGAGAAAAAUCCCGGUUACAUGGAUAAGGCCGACACGUCCAACGUGUUACAGCAAAGAGAAAAGUGGUGAUGGUGGACUUGAUUUUGAUGUCAAGCCUGAGGAUUGCAUCUCCCAUCUCAAGGAGGCAAAGGAACUCGAAGAUGCUGAUGACAUUGUCAAAAAAUUGGUAUCAGUUGAAUUCAAUGGUGGAAAGUCUCUCCAAAGACGCAAAAUUGAGAAAGCUAUGAACAUGGUUUAUAGACACAAUCAGGAUCGUGGUUCCACGGAAGUCAGAUUUGCCCGCAUGACAGCACGGAUAUUACGUUUGCAAAAUUACUUGGAAACAGAACCACAUGAUAAAAAAGCAAAGAAUGCUUGCAAAGAAUUGAUUGAAAAAAGACAAAAAUUAUUGAAAAAGCUGCGUGAACGAGACUAUCCGUGCUUUGAGUACAUUCUAGAGCGUUUAAACCUUACUUUUCGUCCUGGUAUACGUCCUGAACACCGCUAUAGAGCGGAGAGAAAAUCAAGCACAAAGAAGAUAUUGCAAAAUUAUUGCGAUGAAUUGGUGAAGAAAAAACUAGACACCUACAGAAAAAGCCUGGAAGCCCAACAAAAAGACUUUUUCAAAGAUAAAGCCGAGAAGCUUGAGUUUAUAAGAAACGAAGAAAUAGCUUGUGGAGUUGAGCCUUCUGUUACCGAAGAAGAGAUCGAAGCUGCCAAACAAAAGGCAGCGACAUUUGCAUGAAAAAAAAUAUUAAAUAAAUAAAGUGUACAUAUCGUUCAUUAUAUUAUACCGGUCGCAAGAAGGACAAGAAGUCAAAUCUUGUUUUUAUUUAACUUUUUCCG